AUGGCUGCCGCUCCUUCUCACCACUCGCCUGGCAUCUUCACCAUCACCAAGGCCAAGGUCUUCUUGGCCGUGUCCUUGGUCUUCACCUGGUGGCUGGCACAUCUUCUUCCGCAUUACCAGCCCAUGAUCAAGGCCGAGUUCAAAUCCCGUCUAGCAGAGGCCAGGCAAAAGAUCCCCAAGGUCAAGGUCGACUGGCAUCCGACGGACGACCCCCAGGCCGCCUAUAAUGCCUCCAAGAUCGCCCUGAUGAUCGAGCCGCGCCCGAUCCCCCAUCUGGUCCCCCAGAUCCUCCACAUGAUCAACACCGUGCCUCCCGACUGGCGCUUCGUCUUCAUCGGCACCGAGAAGAGCGUCGUCAGCGUCGGCAGGGCGUUCGCCACCAAGCAUCAGCAGGUCAUUGGCAAAAUGGACCUCAUGGUUCUGCCGGAACCCUGGCAGAUUGACUCGAAGGAGUCCGUGUACCGCUUGUUGACGGAUCUCCGCUUCUACGACGAGUUCUUGCCCGGCGUGGAGUGGAUUCUUAAAUAUGAGCACGAUAGCAUACUCUGCUCCAAUUCCGGCACGAGUCUCAACGACUGGCUGGAUUGGAGCUGGGCAGGUGCACCCAGAUCUCUUGAUGAUCGAUUCUCCGGUAAUGGUGGACUUUCUCUGCGACGUGUGUCCGCCAUCAGGCGGGUCCUCGCAUUCCAACAACGUUACAACGACACGGAAGCCGAGGAUGAAUGGUUCGGCAAGCGUCUGUGGGUUCUCCCCGGCGCAAAGGUGGCCGCGGGGACAGAGGGUGUCCUUGCAGUCGAAGAUGUCUACAUCCCGGAGCCCAUGGGAUACCACAUUCGCGACGGCGGACACAGCCUACAUGAUGAUGUCUGGAAGGACCACGCCCAGCGGAAGAAGAUCUUUGAGUACUGCCCGGAACUGAGCUUGAUCAUGGACAUGAAGCUCGAGAGGGAGCGUUGCGACGGCGAUAACAAGGAGGGUGAAAUUCACCCGACUGAGGAGGAGAAGGAACGCGAGAGACUCAGGUUAGAGGUUGAAGAAGCGAGACGAAAGAAAUUACUACAGGAACAAGAAGAAGAGGAAAGGAGGAAAGCUGAGGAGGAAGAGAGGAAGAAGGCUGAGGAAGAGGCGGCAACGCAAACAGGCUCCCUCUCUUCCUCAUCAACUCCGACUGGCUCAUCAACAUCCGCAACGGCUACAAGUGAAGCCGAUGAGGAUCAAGCACAAGAAGAUGAAGAGGAGGAAGACAGCCUACAUGGCACUGAAAAGCCAGACGAGGAAGAGAAGGAGGAAUAA